GUUUUACUCAUAACAUCUUUACGUUUGUUGGCUUCAUUCACGUCAAACGGCUGAUAGCUGCAGAGGAAUGGACGACAAAGAGGACUUUCUCGGCCAAUGUGAUCCUAAUAUACCAGAAGAGGGACCUUCAGCACCCCCACCUGGCUGGCUGGAUGAUGUACAUGGAUACCAGGGCCACAAAGGAGGAGAGGAUGAUAACCCACUGUAUCCUCCUCCACCUGCCUACAACCCCACACCUGAGCUCGACAAGAACACCUCAGUGCCUGAAGUCAGGGUCCCGACAGUAUCAGAGGAUGUAGCCAGAGAGGCCCUGCUCAAGUAUGUGGAGUCAAAAUGGAAGUACAGCUCCAAACCGGCCAGAAACCUCACCUUCAAAGAGCUCAAACCGGUCACUGUGUACAGGUAUCGACUGGAGACUUACACCGAGACCAGGACCAGCUCCUGGCAGUAUGAACCUUACAACGGGCAGCCGGUGGACGGUCCUCAGUACGGUAUGAGCCCUCCACCCUGGGACAUUCCUGUAGUGUUACCCGAGAGAUUCACCGACAGGGUGGAGAAGGUGCGGGUGCCACACUCAUCUUUCGUCAAGGUUUGUCACAGUUGUCACGGCUGUGGGAGAACUCGCUGUAGUGCGUGCUUUGGUAGAGGCCAGAAGCGUUGCAUGAGCUGCCAUGGUAGUGGUUACAGAAAUAGGCCGGGCAAUCACAAGAACUCUGGGAGAACGCGAUGUUCUAUGUGUCACGGGAGAGGCAUGAAGAGGUGUAUUUCCUGUCAUGGCCAUGGCUUUAAAACCUGCACUGUUUGUCAUGGCAGCCAAAACCUGCUGCAUUUUAUCCUGCUCACAGUGACCUGGAAGAACAAUGUGGAAGAUUUUAUUCCAGACCGCCAGCCUGACUUUCCUGACAAGAAGUUUGAGAAGGUGACAGGAGACCCCUUCUUUGUGGAUGAGAAUGUUCUGGUCUAUCCUAUCCAGGGCUUCCCUGAUGAGGAGAUCUGUGCUGUUUCUAGAUCAAUGAUAAACCAACAUCUAAAUAAAUUCAGCUCUACCAGCCGCAUCCUGCAGCAGCGUCAGACCAUUGAGCUGGUGCCCCUGACUCAUGCUUAUUACACCUAUGGUGGGAAAGACUACAGCUACUUUGUCUACGGGACGGAGAAGAAAGUGUUUGCUGCCAAAUAUCCAACAGCGUGCACGAUUUUAUAAGACACUACCUGUGUGUAUCCCUUUCUUUGUGAUAUUUUCAUGUGUAAUUUUUCAGAAAGGUGGGAGUCAUAAGAAUUUAUACAGAGAAAACAGGCAGAAAAACUAAGCUAUCUCUACAUCAUUACAUAAUUUACUGAAAAUCUAUUGCAGUGAUGUUAAGUUUGUUAUUUUUAAUGUGGAAUGUUUUGUACUAGUGUUUGUACAAUAUCCAUCAUACAUAAUAUCAUAUAGUUACCAGUAUAACCUUAUGAGUCUGCAGACAUCAGUGGUUGAAUUUGUUUUAGAAUUCUAUAUAUUCUAUCAGCGUUUUGACGAUAAAAACAACAAAUUACAGAAAAACUUCUUCAUGGAUCAAGACGCAUCCAGAAAAAAACAUAAAAAACUAACAGGAACCUUACUGUUAAAUGUUAACACCUUAAACUAAUUUAUAUAAAGUAAUUUUUAUAGCCAGUCAGUCAUUAAUCUCACUUUAAAUGUUUAUAGCUGAGUCGUGGCUGUUUUAUGUGCCUUAGUGAAAUUUAAGAAUCUGAAACCUUUUUUUAGAAAAAAAGGAAAACCUUGCAUUCUGAUGCACCUGAAAAUUAAUUGGAUGCUUCACAUUUGGCCUAAUUUGUAUUUUUUAUUUAGCAAUGAAAUAACCCAAAGAUGUCAUGCAGACCCCAUGUAAUCCAUCAUAAUACAGAAUAAUCUGCAUGUGUACUAACAGCUAACACUACCUCCUUGUUAUCAGAUCAGACUGAAGAUAUUCACCGGCAAAUGGUGCUUACUUAUGGGCAUUUUGUGCCAAAAUAUUUCACAUCCACUUUACUGCCAAAUUCUGAUUGAUAAUCUAAUAAUCUCGGAGCUGAUUCAGAGACAUCUUUAGUGCUCUAUUCAAAACAGAUCCAUUGGACAAAGCCAUACACUGACAAAUGUCCUCUGCUUUUUUCUGAACAGCUGCUCCCAGCCGUUUCUGUGGAAAAAGUCUGGUUUCUUUUGCAGUUUUAUUAGUUUGAUGAAUCACUUUUAAACAGGGUUUGGUCGCAUACAAGAGAGCAGUUAGUUUUGCCAGCAAAAGAAGAGAAAUAUAUUGGCUGGAGCCAUUAAGUGUCAUCUAACGGCUGUUUAACUAUGUAAUAAUCACUACAAACAAAUAUAUUCCCUGUGAAUUUAGAUAAGUAUAUAAAAUCAUUAUCAGACAAUAGUGUGUUGUGAGCAUUUACUGAAAUAGUAAAUGGACUUAGCUUGUGUAGUUCUUUCUUAAACGUUUGACAGCGAUGGUAGAGGCUGCUAUGCAAAUAUUCCAUUAGCAUUGAAUCAUUCCAUUCAGACGCAUUCAUACAUUAGUAUGCAGCACUGGGAGAACAUGUCAAGGACAAUAAAGGCUAAAUGGGAGGAAAUUUAAAGGCUGCAACUGUGAUUGUUUUUGUUUUUUAUAUAAUUUUGAGGUUGUAGAAGUUUUCAUCUUUGUUAAAGGUUUCUCUUGUUGCAUCCAUAUGUUGUUCUGUGCCCAUAAAUGGUGCCUCUAAUGAUGAAACAAAGCCUUAAAACAGAUUUAGGACAAGGAACUAACUCUUAACAGCUUCAAACCAAAGUCCAGAAUGAAAACUACACCUCCUCACUGUCAAUGUUGAGCUUACAAGCUAUAAACACCACCUGCUGUCACAGGAGUCACUAGAUGUGUAAAGUAAAUACCACUUUAUUGAGACGCAACUGUUUUCUAUGUCUGUUUGUUUCAGUGCUCUUAUUCUUUUCUGCUCAGGUUUCUUUGUUACAAAAGCCCUAAGCGUACACACAUCAUGCAUUCAUUUUUACAUCAUUUUCUAUUGAUAAUGAGUACAUUUGGGUUGUUUUCUUCUAAGUUAAAAGCCUCAGUAUCAGAUAAAAACCAGCAUUUUUAAUCCUGAUGAGAAUUAAAAAAGAGUUGAUUCUUUGAAAACCCUCCAAAAUGUGUUUAUCACAGACUUAAGGGGGUUUAAAGGAGUGUAUAGAUACGUGUCCUCAAAGGGCUGCUGUACUUUGUAUAAAUACAUCCCUAGUUCCAAAAAAGUUGGGGCGCUGUGUAAAAUGUUAAUAAAACAAUGCAAUGAUUGCCAAAUCUCAUAAACCCGUAUGUUGUUCACAAUAGAACAUAAACCACACAUCAGAUAU